CAGUUAGCUGGGCUUUCUCCUUUCCCUACUGUUUACAAGCCACACUCAAGUUGAAUGGGUCGGCCUAGCCCCACACAAAAGAAGGCUAAACGCCAAAGGCAGAAAGUUUGACGAAAGUUAGUGUUUGCUAGUAACCUUGCAACACAAGAGACUGCUUCCAGUAGUGCACCUUUUGGAGAGCCUAAUGAGUCAGAAGAAAGCCCUGAAGUUGAUCACGUUGAUAAGCGUAUGGGUGAUGUUGACACAGAUGUUGUGGAGGUGGUUGUCUAUGAUGACUAUAGACAGAUUGACGGUGAACCCUACCCACCUACGUAUCUGUUCAAGUGCCGAGAGAAACUUAUGACCAAAGUUCAACAGUAUCGAAGCAGGGUUCAUGAGUUGGAAAGGGAAAUCGCACAAGUGAAAUCAAAGAGUAAUGAAGAAAAAGAGAGGUUACGCAAGUACUAUGAAACGAUUGCCUUUGCUAAAUCCAGAAGUGGUAGAAUGGUACAUUCUGCUAUGGGUACUGCCAAUGCUGCAGGAAAAAUUGCACGUGAAAUGGAGGCACUCUAUAGCAUAGAGAAUGAUUAAUC